GCCCCGCCCCGCGCUGCGUGCUCCGGGCUCCCUACGCGGGUGGCAGCCAACGCCGCGGCCAUGCACCGCCUGUGCCUGAGCCGUUUGCUGCUGGUUGGGGCCCAGGCCCGGGCCCGAGUUCUUGGUGCCCCGCUCAAACUGUGGCCCAGGCUGCGCUGCCGGUCACUGCCUGCCGGGCUGGCCUCCAUGCCGUGGGACCACCUGGGGGCUGCCAGCAACGAGGAGGAGUUUUUCGUGUUCUCAGAAUACCUGCCGGAGAAACUGGAGGAGCCAUGGGGCAUUGAGGUGGCGCCGAAGAAGCCCCCCCGGAAGAGGCAGUACCAGGAGCGGAGGGAGCACAGGCCAGCGGGGCAGCCGGAUCCAUCUGUGCCAACCAGCGGCGUGAGCUGCUCAGGCUGUGGGGCAGAGCUGCACUGCCAGGACCCUGCCAUGCCAGGCUACAUGCCCAGCGAGAAAUACCUCUCCCUGCUGGGGGAGCCUGAGGGCCAGGGAGGGCUGCGGGACGCUGUGUGCCAGCGCUGCUGGCUCCUGGUGCAUCACCAGAAGGCGCUGCGCCUGGAGGUGUCGUGGGACCAGUACCGCAGCCUGGUGAGCUCUGCCCUGCGCCAGGCACCCCGCCACGGCCGUGCCCCGCUGGUGCUCUAUGUGGCUGAUGUACUGGACCUGCCCGACACAGUGCUGCCCAACCUACCCGAGCUGCUGGGCCCCACCAUCAACGUAAUGGUCCUGGGCAACAAGGUGGACCUGCUGCCCCCGGACUCGCGUGACUACCUGAAGCACUUUCGAAAGCAGCUGCUGCGUAGCUGUGCCCAGGCAGGCAUCCACCCCCUCACCAAAGGCGUCAGCAAUUCGGCAGGCAGGCAGCACCUGGUGGACAUGCACCUGAUCAGCGCCAAGACGGGUUAUGGGGUGGAGGAGCUGAUCUCCAAGCUGCAGCGCUCCUGGAAGUGCAAUGGGGAUGUGUAUCUUGUGGGUGCCACCAACUCGGGCAAGUCCACCCUCUUCAACACCCUGCUCCAGUCCGACUACUGCAAAUCUAGAGCCUCAGAAUUGAUCAACAGAGCCACCAUCUCGCCCUGGCCAGGAACGACCUUAAACCUCCUGAAGUUUCCACUUAUCAACCCUACUUCUGACAGAAUAUUCAGAAGGAAGGAGAGACUAAAAGCAGAAGCAGAAAAAGAUGAAGAGCAACUUAGUAGCGAUGAAAAAAAAACCUUGAAUUACUUUAAAAAGCAAGGCUACUUAAUAGGAAGAGUAGGGCAGACAUUUGAACAACGGAAAGCUGAACCUGUCAUUGACUUCGACCCCAAUACACUCUCUUUUACCAUGGAAGAGGAGCCUGUGGUUUCAAUUACCAAGCCUAAAGAGAGAGAGGAAUUUACUUACAGUGAAGUGAAAGAUGCUCGCUGGUGUUUUGAUACGCCAGGGAUUGUAAAGGAAAACUGUGUUUUAAAUCUUCUGACAGAGAAAGAAGUAAAUCUUGUUUUGCCAACACAGGCCAUUGUUCCAAGGACCUUUGUGCUUAAGCCUGGAAUGGUUUUGUUUUUAGGUGCUUUGGGGCGCAUAGAUUACCUACAGGGAGAACAAUCUUCCUGGUUUUCUGUUAUGGCUUCUCGCCUGCUGCCAGUUCAUGUUACUUUCCUGGAGAAAGCAGAUGCCUUCUAUCAGAAGCAUGCCGGUAACGAUUUAUUGAAGGUUCCUAUGGGAGGUGAAGAACGCAUGAAAGAAUUCCCACCACUUGUUCCUCAGGACAUUAUGCUGGAAGGAAUUGGUGCUGAUGAGGCAGUGGCUGACAUAAAGCUUUCCUCUGCUGGUUGGGUUGCAGUAACAGCUCAGUUGGAAGACAAAGUGCACCUGCGAGCUUAUGUGCCAGAAGGGAUGGGGCUGACCGUGCGCAGGCCGCCUCUUCUGCCCUAUAUAGUUCACAUCAAAGGAAAACGCAUCAAGGGAAGUGUGGCCUAUAGAACAAAAAAAAUACCACCCUUAGUGGAAAACUUCAAGAGAACUAAGCAGUAGAAGAAAAGGACAUCUGAUCUCUAAGCACAGAAGACAGGAAGCCCUUGGAUGUUUUUGUUGCUCAUUCAUGUACAGGAGCAUUCAUGUUGCUUAUUCAUGUGCACUAUGUAUAGACUUUUCAAAAAAAAAAGUCGGUUUUCAGACUGGCUCUUGAGGAACCUUUUCAAGACCUUUCACAUAAGCUUGUAGUUUGCAUAGGACUGUGUAUAGUCCUACUCAUAGUAUUGCAUGUUUUGCCAUCUAAACUUCCCAUUGAGAUGUCCUGCCUUAUUCGGACUGAUUACAGUUCUGUUUUCCACAGACAGGCCUGUGCCACUUGACCUCCUGCUUGUUUCCCUAACUUGGGUGGAGGAAACCUGGUGUCAGGAUGGCAAGAAUGACUAUAGUGGCAGCAGCAGCAGGGUGUUUGUGUCACUCUUUCCAUUCUGUAGACAGAAAUUUGACUGGGAGAUGUGUGGCAUGUUAAGGCUUGCAGCAAGAAAUGAGUGACUAAGAUAGAUGCCUCAUACCUGGAACCAGUAACUAUAACUGAAAGAAAGACGUUGAGCCUUCAGCCAAGUUUCACUGAAAACUCUUUGGUUUUAGUGGAUCAGUGAACCUUCAGGUGCCCUUGUAAGAUGUUGUAUUGAAAUGGCAUCAUUCAUUCACUGUAGGGUCCUCCCAGCUGUCAGAUUACGUCCCAUGUAGUGCUGCAUAGCCAGCCCAAGGAAGGAAAAGAAUGUGGCUCCUGUUUAAGAGAAGAAAGAGCCUGUGGAAAGCUGUAGUCUGGGAUCCUGGAGGACAGAAGGUUCCAUGGCACUUGAGACGUUAACUGGAUGAAGAGGGCAUUGUUGGGAAGGUGAUGUGGAUGCCUUGUGGAAGGAGAGGAAGUGCCUGAUUUAGACAUAACCUGUACCAGAUUAAUCAGUAAAUCAGUCAUCAGCAGUUUACAAAAACUGUAGGUGCUGAGUCAUUCAGGAUGUACAUGAGGCCUCCAGUCAAGAGAAAGGAACAUCAGAAGUCACCAGUUAGUGUGUGACUAAAGUACAAGAUGGUAGCCUGGCAGUCUAGUACCCAGUGCCUCUGUGGCUACUUCAGCCUUGUGCCCCAUUAGCACCAGCCAUAGGUAAAAAUGCAGUGAAACCACUAUGGUGUUAAAUAAGAAACAAUAAUGAAAACAUGGUUGCCCUCAAACAUAAAGAGUAGAUGCUAACCUUUGUGAUUAUGAAUACUUUGAUUCCUUUCCUAUGCUUGAUUUGUGAAAGUGUGUUCGCAUAAUAAAAAUCUGGUUUCUAGGA